CUAACUGCAUCGCGUACAACCUUUCCGGUGAUCGACUUCCGUCACGAUAAAGAAGUCGAGUCGAUAAAUCUGGAGACACGAUCAAUAUUUUAUUAGGCUAUGUCGAAUGGCAGGUUGUCUAACGGAGGCGUCGGAUCUCCACCCAGGUUAGAAAUGCAGGGCCAGAUAAGCUGGACUGACGACCUACCAGUGUGCCACCUUUCAGGUGUCGGACUGUCCACAAACCAAAUAUAUCGUGAAGACGGAAACCGCAGAGAAGAACAUGAGUGUGAAGAUCGCAACUUCCAUUUUAGACAUGCUGGAAACUGUUAUCUAUAUGGUGUAUUUGAUGGACACAAUGGGAGCAGAGUAGCAGAUUUCGCCGCUCAGAGAAUGCCAGCUGAGCUGCUAUUGGGUCAGCUGCAGAACAAAACAACAGAUGCAGAAGUGCUAGAAGUGUUGCGACAGGCUUUUCUUGCAGUGGAAAAUGUCUAUUUUGAGUCGACAGAUGCAUUACUUGCUGAGAAGACGACAACACAGGAUCGUUUGCCUGAGGGCAUAAAGGCAUAUGAUGCCUAUAGAAACUUUCCUGAGGUCGUAAACAAACUUCAGCAGCUAGAGAAGGAACUGUCAGGGGGAACUACUGCCACGCUGGUCUUGAUCUACAACAAUAAAAUUUAUGUUGCAAAUGUUGGAGACACCAGAGUUUUGCUAGUAAAGACAUCGCAAGAAAGCCUGACUAUGCAGCAGCUUACCGUUGACCACACUCUAGCAAAUGCACAGGAGUUGGCACGCCUGUCAGCUGUCGGAUUGGAUGUGGAAAAACUCAAAACUUUAAACAAGAUUGGCAAUUCCAACUGUACACGUUGCAUUGGUGAUUACCAUGUCAAAGGAGGCUACCGAGAUAUUGACUAUUUGAGCUGUGCAACCAAAGAACCAGUGAUUGCAGAUCCUUAUGUAGAUGGAGGUAUUCCAGUAGAUGAAAACUGUGCUUUCCUAAUCAUCAUGUCAGAUGGACUGUAUAGAGCACUUGCUGAUGCCACUGGCACAGAACGUGUCAAUGUGGAAAUUGCUGGGAUGGUGAUCACAGAGUUUUCUCAACAAACAACCCUCAAUGGUGUUGCUCAGGCUGUGGUGGACAAAGUAGUGCGUAUACACCAUGACACUUUUAUGACAGGAACACCACAGCAAAAGCGCCUAUGCCAGAAAAGAGAUGAUAUUACCCUGAUGGUGCGUCAGUUCAAGUAUCCCCUGUCCUCCACUCACAGUCCCACUGGAGUCCUUAGCUACCACUCCUCUGGCACUCCAUUUUAUCAGCCAAGACCCCCAGCUCUUCAUAUACCUCAGAACACAAGUUCCUUCAGUUCUGGAGCAGGUAGUGGUGGUGAGAGUGCUGGGGACUCUCCCAAGACACCAACAAACUAUUUUGGUGCUGUGGGAAAUAUGGUAGCAAAUAGCAGUGGUGCAACAGUUAGCAGCCUUUUCCCUCCCUCAGAAUCAACUGUAGGGGGCAGAACCCAAACUAGCAGCAGCACCUGCACUAGUGAAGAUUCUACCCAAAGCAGUGGAGAGGUGGGGCUGUUUCAGCACCGAUCUCACGAACCUUACCUUGACCUGGAUGAGGAAGGACGCAUCAAACCAUAUGUGGACUUUAAAGAGUUUUAUUUUGCCUUACAGAAUAUGACAGAAGAACAGCAGCAAGCACUGAUGAAUGAAAUGCGACCACGAUCCAUGUAUGAUCCCAUACAGGAAGAAGCUGAACCAGUUAGCAUGCCUGACCAUUGACUGCCUUUUCAAAAAAUCUCAUAGAGCAGAUUGGGGUUGCCUGUGGUUAUUACAAAGAGAAAAAGUGCAUUAUAAAAGGAAGUUUAUAUAAAUAUAUAUUUUUAAGCAGAAAGUGGAAUGUAAUUUUUAUAUUAUGAUAAGACACUGUAAGAUGUAAAGAAGUAUCUAGGUUUGAUAGCUAUAUGCAAAUGCCUUAGUCAACUGCCCAAGUAUGGAAAACAUGUAAACAUUUCUAGACUAAAUUUGUUAAUGCUGAUUUUACUUUAAUUUAUUGACGAUUUUAUUUUAUGGCAUAUUUGUACUUGAUUUGUUUUUAGAUUUAAGUAGCUUAAAUGUGAGAUAAAAAUUAUUCACUUUUUAUAUUGAAGUUUUCUCUGAAAAAGAACAGUUUUAUGAACUAAGGUUUGGAAAAAAAAAAAAUCUGGAAAAUUAAGGCAUUGCUGUGAUUAAUGUCCUUACAAUAGGGCAGAAAAAAUGUUGAAAACUUACAACUUAAAAUUAUUUAUUAAAAUAGAAGAAUAGAGAAGUUUAAGCAUAAAACUAUUAGAUCUGAUGUUACAUUUGAAGUUGUGUUUAAGUAUUUUGCAAGAUUUGCUAUAAAACUGAUACACGCCCUUUUUUUUAACCACUGUUAUGGGUUUCAGUUAGCAGUUUGGUUCAUAUUUAAAGUGGCAUCUAAAAUGGGAAGCAUUACAUGUGUAUUUAUUGUGUCUUUGCCUCUCUUAUUAAUAUUUUCUGUGAUGUUUUUGUUUACAAUAUGAUCAUAAUAUUAGUGUUACUAACCAGUGCAUAAAACAUGGCUAAUCUUGGCAAACAAAUGGAUAUAUAAUUGUCAGCUCUAAGCCAAGUAUUGUGGAUCACCAUCACACACAAGCAUGUAAUUUUAGUGUUGACUUCCUAUUGAAAUAGCUGCAAGCAAAAUUCAGAUACACAGCUUUGUUCAUUGCUCACCCUUGCAUUUAUCUUUGUAAAGUUCAGUGACUUUUGGUUCAAUACUUCUAAUUUUAGUGCUUGAAUGUGUAACAUCAUACCUUGUGAGGUUGAUUUUCAAAUAAUUUUUGAGAAAGAAUGCAAUUCUUCACCAUCCACCCCCUUAACAAAAAAAAAAGUAAAGGAACAUUUACAUUUUGUAGUGAUAUCUAAAUACAUGAGUGUAUCAUAGCAGUCUGAAAUAAUCUGAUGAUAACUACUAUAUUGAACCCCUUAACUUACAGAGAUUUUAUUGAUUAAAUUGACAGAAACAACAAUAGUAAAGUGUCUAAUGUGUAGGAUUCUGAGAUGAUUUGUCUACAGGUAGUGUGCUACAUUUGACUGAACAUAGCAAUGUAUACAGUUUUUUUAACUAUGCAAACACCAGCUUAUGGUUUGGGUACUUGAGUGUUAUUUUUUUCCCCCAUAUUUUCUAUCAAUUUCUGUAGCUAUAAUUUAUGAUUAAUUUAUCAUUUGGUUGCUUGUAUAAAGAUGUUUCCUUAAAUAUUUCCAGCAAUGUGAGUUUUAUGACUUCUUUUUGAUUCUUUAUGCUUUGAGCAACAGUUGGUAAUUUUAAAAAUGCACAUUAUUAAUCUCACCACCUGCAGUGCAAUGUUUAACCAUGGACGUGAUAUUAGUUCGUGGCUUAACUACAUGGACCAAGCACACUAUCAGUUUAUCAAUAUAAUCCGUCAUGUACAAUGUUGCUGUUGAAGAGGUGUGUCAGCUUGAGAUUUGUACUACCUAUAGCUGUGUUCGUAAGUACAAACAUGUAGCUAAAGAGAACAACGCUUGUACUGUCCCAUACAGAAUUUCCAUGCUGAUUCAGAAACAAUGAUCGAUAGUUGGUUGCUGUAUUUGGUAGGAGUGCGAGUGUAUGAACACAUGGAGAGAUCAAUAGCAUUAUCUAUAAUAACAGGACUUUAAAUAUCACCACUAGAGAGGACUGAAACUUAGGAAGCAGUAAAAGCACUUAAAGAUAGGUAAAGAAUGCAAAUGAUCAAAAUCUUUAUACGGCACUGAAUAAAGCGGUUUGUACACCUA